UAUAUAUAUAUACAUAUAUAUAUGAUAUAUAUGUAUAUAUAUAUGCGGUGGCAAAAAGGAGUUUGAUUUUGUUGUGGUUGUGGAAAAAUUUGUUUGGGGGAAUGUCCGUAUAUUGGUUUGUGCGCUAUUAUCAAGCUGAAUGUUUUCAGCUCAUGCGAUCAUGGUUUGGAGAUCAUUUUCGGAAUCAGGAGUUAUGUCUCUUGCACAGCCUUACAGACCAGAAAGUUUUCACUUUUACAGUGGUGGAAAAUCCAACAGGAACAUGGGCGUGAGAGCAACAGCUGCAAACUUCAACGGAAGCUAUGAUAACUGCCCAUAUGAUUCAAAUUUUUACAUAACAACUCGUGGAGACUCCUUUGAUUUCUCUAGACGAUUUAUGCCAUGUGGACCCAAUUAUGAAGGCUUCUGGACUGACACCGUACCUUCUUCAAAAAGGAGAAAGUUCUCCGACUUCUCUUGUGAAAGCACUGGGAGACCCUACCAGCAGCAAUUCAAUUACGAACAUGGCCCUCAAAAUGAGGCUGACCUUUGGCAAAAUGUACCUCCCAAUUUCUUCAGAGAUUUCUGCAACGGCCCUGUAUUCCGCGACAGCAGUUCAGCUUUUCUUGCCUCAAGUGAUUCCAUUGCUUAUGCUUCAGUUGCCCCCAAAUGUGAUCGAUCGAGGUUUGAGGAUGAUGAAGUGGUUUUUAUGUCAAGGGAUGAGAUAGAGAGGUGUUCUCCGUCAAGAAAAGAUGGCAUUGAUGUGCUGCAUGAGACGCGCCUCAGAUACUCCUACUGUGCUUUCCUUCAGAAUCUCGGUCUCCGACUUGAUUUACCACAGACUACUAUUGGGACUGCCAUGGUUCUGUGCCAUCGCUUUUUUGUUCGUCGAUCGCAUGCCUCUCACGACAGAUUUUUAAUAGCUACUGCCACGCUUUUCCUUGCCUCAAAGUCGGAGGAGACAGCACGCCCACUUAAUGAUGUACUAAAGGUGUCUUCUGAAAUUCUUCACGGGCAGGACUUUGCUAUUCUCUCUUUCAUGUUGCCUCUUGAUUGGUUUGAGCAAUAUCGCGAGCGGACACUAGAGGCUGAGCAAUUGAUUUUGACUACUUUGAAUUUUGAGCUAGGCGUGCAGCAUCCAUAUGAAUCUUUGACAUCCACUCUUAAAAAAUUAGGCUUUUCGCAAUCUGGUUUUGUGAACCUGGCAUUGAGCUUGAUCAGUGAAGGGCUCAGGAGCUCACUCUGGCUCCAAUUCAAACCUCACCAGAUAGCUGCUGGUGCUGCUUACCUUGCUUCCAAAUAUCUAAAUUUGAAUCUUUCUUCAUCUGAUAAUGUUUGGAAGGAGUUCCAUACACCGCCAUCUGUACUCAGAGAUGUUGCUCAUCAACUGAUGGAACUAUUUUAAAAUAUCGAGUCCGGUUGACCUGGAAGCAGUUGUAAUCAAGCUAGUGGUGGCCAUGCUUUCGUGCUCCCCGAGUCUUUUUUCAAUGCUCAUCCGGAGUUCAGAAUUGAGGAUCAAUGGUGUUCUUCUAUAUGUGGUGGAGAAUGACAAGAUUUAAUAAAAAUGUUUUGGUGUAUAGAUAGAUGCUAUACUUAAUUUCUUUUGUUGUAUGUUGUCAAAUGGUGUUAAUCUUGAUACUACAUCACGAAAACACUAAUAUGCUUUCAUUCUAUGCGAGGCUGAUUUGUGUUUGGUUCAAAAAUCGACAUAGCUAUGUUGAAAUUCUGUCAUUUUUCUUCAAUAUAUU